UGGACAAGUGAUUUAAGCUCUCUGGCAACGACUGUGAGGCGACAGAAGAGAGACAGAACCAGGACUGUCAACCACACAAGGCCUGAGAGGGUUUCCAAGAGCAAACUUGAGUGUGUGUGGACAUCAUCAGCCACAAUGAGCAUUCUCAAGGUACUCACUGUUGCCCUUGUGCUAUUUGGAACCAGCAGUCUUUCUGCUAAAAUAAAGAGACAACUGCCAUCAAAUUCAGGUUUUAGGCCAUUUAGAAGAGGACCACCUGGGCCACCAGGGCCACCUGGUCCACCAGGACCAACCGGACAAUUUGGCCCACCAGGGCCAGAUGGACCACCAGGACCACCUGGACCAGGUGGUCCACCAGGGCCAGAUGGUCCACCAGGACCACCUGGACCAGGUGGUCCACCAGGGAUAGAUGGCCCACCAGGACCACCUGGACCAGAUGGUCCACCAGGGAAUAAUGGUCCACCAGGACCAACUGGACCAGAUGGUCCACCAGGGCAAGAUGGCCCACCAGGACCACCUGGACCAGAUGGUCCACCAGGGCUAGAUGGUCCACCAGGACCAAAGAGAGACGGAAGCAGGACUGUCAACCACACAAGGCCUGAGAGGGGUUCUAAGAGCAAACUUGAGUGUGUGUGGAAAUCAUCAGCCACAAUGAGCAUUCUCAAGGUGUUCACUGUUGCCCUUGUGCUGUUCGGAACCAGCUGUCUUUCUGCUAAGAUGAAGAGACAGUUGCCAUCCAAUGCAGCUUUUACCCUAGAUGACAAUAGUCCACCUGGAACACCUCCAGGAAGUCCACCUGGAUCACCUCCAGGACCACCUGGGGGACCACCUGGAUCACCUCCAGGACCACCUGGGGGACCACCUGGUCUACCAGGUCCCCCUGGUCCAGCAGGACUAACUGGACCACAUGGUCCACCAGGGCCAGAUGGUCCACCAGGACCACCUGGACCAGAUGGUCCACCGGGGCCAAAUGGGCCACCUGGCCCACCUGGACUAGAUGGGCCGCCAGGCCCACCUGGAGCAGAUGGGGCACCAGGACCACCUGGACCAGAUGGUCCACCAGGCCCAUCUGGACCGCCUGGACCAGCAGGACCAUCUGGACCACCUGGACCACCAGGUCCACCUAGUGCACCAGGACCACCCGGACCACCAGGUCCUCCCGGGCCACCACUACACUACCCAUAUUGGCCUUUUGGGCAACGACCACCUUGGCCACCAGCACCUUGGCCACCUGGGCCACCACCAUAUUAGCCACAACCAUCGUAGACAC